AUGUUUCUGGCCCUUACUGCUUCUUCUGAAGUGGUUGUUGAACCUCCUCAGAGCAUCAAGUCAAAUAUCAGCGUUACCACCGCAUUGGUCGGCGAGGAUGACGAUAACGAUUACUUGGGUACUAAAGAAUUUACAUUAGCAACAACCAACACUCCAACGGUGGCAGUAGAAGAAAAAGGCGUUGCCCAGUUUGAUCUGGCCACCCCCACUACUAUUAAAGAUUACCAUCUCAUCAGAACAAUUGGUCUUGGGUCUUUGGCCCGAGUCCAUUUGGUGAGAUGCCGAUCAUCGCGGAAGUUCUACGCCAUCAAGGUACUAAAGAAGACAUGUAUUGUUCGAUAUAAACAACUAGGGCACAUCAAGGACGAGAUCCAGAUCAUGAAAGCUCUAAGCGAUCCGCAAUCCAACAAAAGUCCUGGCAGCUCGUUCAUUCUUUCGUGCGAUAGUAUUUUCCAGGAUGCCCACCAUUUAUUUUUAGUCCUCGAGUAUCUCGAAGGCGGGGACCUUUUCACCCUAAUUUCUCAACGAAACCUUUUUCAUCAAGCACAAAAUAAUAAACCACUAUUAUCACUCCGACUAUCGUUUGACGAAGCGAAAUUCUACGCCUCGGAGAUUUUCCUGGGAAUAUCGUUCUUACAUCGUUGUGGGAUCAUCCAUCGGGAUAUCAAUCCAGAAAAUAUUGUUCUUGAUUCACAAGGCCAUGUCAAACUUAUUGAUUUUGGAUUAGCAAAGCGGAUCGCCAAAGAUACUACCACGAAAACCUUUUGUGGGAAAACCGAUUAUAUGGCCCCCGAGAUCAUUUUGGGGUUAUCAUACGGUGCUGGGGUCGAUUGGUGGGCGUUUGGGGUCACGGUGUUUGAAAUGCUAUUUGGAUUUCCUCCUUUUGCCCAUCGUAAUUCCAAAACCGUAUAUGAAAAGAUCAUUGCUAUCUCUUAUGCGGUGCCAGCCCAACCAUUUGAUAAUGAUCAGGAUAGACAAAAAGUCACGGAUUUGUUCAAAGGGAUUUUCAUCUCCGAUGCCAUCAAGCGUGCUUCAGCAAGGUAUAUUGAGCAGUUUAGUUUUUUCGAUGGGGUCGAUUGGAAUAUGGUUUGUAGCAAGUCCUCGAAACCUCCGUUUAUUCCGUCAAUUGAGCUGGGGAUGGGUGAUGAUAAAUAUUUUGAUAAAUUCCCGGAAGAUAAUGAUUUGCAAUAUGGAGAGACAACUGAUCACGAUGAGUUCAAUGGGAUAUUUGACGACUUUAUAUGA